CACCAAGAGGACACUCAAAAGGCUGCAAAGGCUUCAAGCCCGAGCAGCCAGUGCAAUAAGCGGAGCGUACAGAGCGACCUCGUUUCCAGCACUCGAUAUAAAGAUGCAUCUCUUGCCAGUCGAACAACAAAUGUGCGCAUACCGCCUUCGUAGCUCCCCUAUGGUGGCAGGUUCCGCGCAUCCAUAUCGGCGAAGAUGCGAAGCAGGCUGAGAAGGAACAUUAACGAUGUCUGAAACAGAACACCGACGCAACACACAUCUACACGGACGGCAGCGGCAUCGACGGUCACAUCGGAGCCGCCACAGUCUGCGCAACCACACAGCAAACCAGCAAAACCCACAUGGGCCACGAUACAACAUCAACAGUCUACGCAGGAGAGCUGCAAGGUAUCGUCUUGGCCCUCGAAAUGGCCCAGGCAGACAAGCAAAACGGAAAUCACAGGAGCAAAGUCUUCAUCCACAACCACAGACCCUUCAAAGUAUCUCGUAUCUUGUUACUCGCUCAGCCUCGCCAUUCAGGUGGUGACCGAUCGCACCUUAACUACGCAAGCCGAUACGAUCGACCCGACUGGCUGGAUUUUCCCUUUGAUGAAUCGUCCCAUAGGAUGACUUCGCGCCGAGGCAAGAGGAGAUGUGGGAUCAACUCUCAAAUUCCCGUUCGUUCGCUUCGAGACCCUUAUUUCCAUCGCCGCCAUGUUCCCGUCUGUUUGGGACGUACAGAUCAGCUCUGCCGUUGUAACAUGAUAGUGGCGUAUACAAGCAUGUCUUGUUUCUCAGUCGGGUCGGAACGCCUCUGUUUGACUGCACCAAUCGAGCACCAAUACAGACACUGACGCAGUCACUCACGAAAGAACUAGACUCCGUGGCGUGUCACAUGUCGAGAUACAUCAAAGCUACACAGCAGGAGGCCGUCCUUAAUGUGGUCUGUACGAUGUGAGAUGUACUGCUUGAGGGCUCCAAAGAACUAGUCUCUCCUAGCUCACGUGUCUUCAAACGUCCGGGAUAGCGACGGAAAGACAGAUUUUGACGCAUGAAAGGACGAGAACAUUGAGGGGCAAUUGUGUAGUAGGAAGUAAUGGUC